AUGGCUGCUCGGGAAGUUGGGGCGAAGCGUUACCUGGAGUGUUCGAGUUUGAGCGGCGAGGGAGUCGACGACGUCUUUGAAGCCGCAACGCGAGCCGCCCUCCUAACAUUUGAAAAGGGCGAAGGAGGCGGUUGCUGCGUCAUUCUGUGA